UUACAGGAGGACACACGCCUAUCUGACGAGGAGAAUUAAGUGUUACGUGCGAGGAAAAGCUUUCUAAUCUCUGAUCUCUUGGAUUAUUCCUCCAAUGGACGGGAUUUAGCCCCUGUCCGCCGUUUUUGGCCACUAUUUUAUGUACACGUGCGCACCAUUUUUGUGCGCUCAUAUUUGCGCCCCUAGCACUUGCAUGGUGGAUUAAACACUCGUUAGUUUUAGCCUUUUUUUGACGUGUGCUUUCAGAACAAUUGUGGAUUAAUAAUGCACUUGCAUCAUGCUAAAUGAUGAUGAUCUUUUGGUCACUGGAGCGCGCAGUCGUACAUUGGAUUAAGAGCCUAGACUUUCCACCGCUCUUUGGACAAUCACUUGUUUAUUCUCCUGAGACACAUUUACCUGUUUAUUGACGCGCUGAGAUGGAAAGCGAGCUGAGACCCAGGCUCUGUUUCCUGACCAAGGGAGAGCGCGGCUAUGGGUUUCACCUGCACGGUGAGAGGAAUAAAGGCGGACAGUUCAUCCGCAAAGUGGAGCCCGGCUCCUCUUCUGAUCUGGCCGGGCUGCGACCAGGAGACCGGGUUGUGGAGGUGAACGGGGAGAAUGUGGAGAACGAAAACCACCAUCAAGUGGUGGAACGCAUCCUUGAGGUGGAGCACCGCACCAGACUGCUGGUGAUCGACAGAGACACAGAUGACUACUUCCGCAGCCGUGGCCUGGCCUGCACCGAGGACCUGGCCAUUGAGAUGGGAACCCUCUCCCCACAGCUUUCGCCCCGGGCCACCCCUUCUAACUCUCCCUUACCCAGAGAGAACUCACCCCUGUCACUCUUGUCACCCCUGUCACCCCUGUCACCCCUGUCACCCAAACCAAACCACAUACACUCAUUUUUCCCUCCCGCUGCAGACUUGUUUAUACACACGGCCACACAAGCAAAUGACAAGAGAUCCUCAUUGACAUCAAGUACAGCAACAGACACAGAGCUACAGGUGCAGCCCUCACCAGAGCCAGGAGUUGAGCUCCUUCCCCGUCUUUGUCACCUGGUGAAGGCUGAGCACGGCUACGGCUUUAACCUGCACAGCAAUAAGAAGAAGGGUGGACAGUUUGUGCGUUCAGUGGAACCCGGCUCAGCCGCUGUGAGUGCAGACAUCAGGCCUGGAGACAGACUUGUGGAGGUGAAUGGAGUGAACAUAGAGGGCCUGAGGCACUCAGAGGUGGUGCUGCUCAUUAGAGCAGCAGGGGACGAAGUGUGCCUCCUAGUGGUCGAUCAGGAGACAGAUGAGCUCUUCCACAGGCUGGGGAUCACACCCAACACCAGCCACGUCAAAGAUCUUCAUCUGGAUGAAUCAGCCACAGAAAGCGACCCACACACCCCCUCUCCAACCACUGAACUCCCCGCCACAGAUCCACCAGUCAUAAAUGUCACGCUGACACACUCCACAAUCACAAAUAUGUCUCCAAAAUCCUGGGUCAAUGGGAGCUCAGCAUCUCAUUCCUCGAGAAGUUCCACCACCCAAUCAGAGAUCAGCAGCUUGGACAUGAGCAUCCAGGUCCCUGAUGAGGACGACAGGCGUGGUUCAGACCCUUUCGUGGACAGUGGCCUCUGUCUGAGUCCCACAGCCGCUGAGGCUAAACUAAAGGCCCUAGCCAGCCGCAACAAGAAGAGAGCACCUGUUAUGGACUGGAAUAAGAGACAUGAGAUCUUCAGCAACUUAUGACCCCAGAAUGCAAGGAGAAGAAAAAGAGAAGAACAGCAUAGAACGAGAAAUAAUAUUGUGAUUCCUCACAGUUCAUAUUGUAACUUUACUGUAAGUACUGUACCUCAAUCUUGGAGUGGUACAGUAAAAGAAAGAGUAAUGUGAAAAAGAAAAAGGUUCAGGUAGCAUUCUGCUCUGUGUAAAAAGAAGACAAAGAUAUCAAAUAGUAUUUUCUUGAUGCUUAUUUUAUAGUAUCUAUAACGGCAAAGACAUGUUCUCUGGAUGUGUCAGAAACACUGCAUUAAAGAAUGACAUUAAUGACUGUCAGGUGCCCGAUCAGUACACAGUGUAUCUCUUCAUUAAAUCUUAGUCAUUUCAGAGCCAUAGUGACUAUGUGUCUGUAACAUCCUAUAUGUAUGACUGAUUUUAGGCCAUAUUUCCUGUAGAUACGCUUUCUGUUAUAACUUUGGUAGAUUUCAUUUUUUUCAAGUUUGAAGCUUAAUGUUUUUUCAAUUUACAAUGGCUCACCACAGCUGAGUCCUGUAGUAGUUAUAUUAACUUUGUGUUUGACAAUUUAAUGUAGCAUAUCACUUUCAGACCUAAAUACAGAGGAAAUGCGAGGAAGAGUUAUCAAAUGUAUUAUGUUGGAUCACCUCAGUGCUUCUCUCCAGUGAUAUCUGUAAAGGAAAAUAUUUAAGCAAAUGGUUUCCAAAUGGAUGAUAGUUGUUGCAGCUUUUAAAGGAUUUGUCUCUCAAAUAUGCUUGGUUCUUCUCACAAUGUGAAAUAAACUUUCCAAGUGUGU